UUUCCCAUGGCUAGAAUUCUUCCAUCCAUGGCUUCCCAGAUGAUCAUCGUCUUCUUCCUUCUAUAUUCCUUCUCUGCAACUUUUGUCUCUGCAGGAGAAGAUCAAGGCUUUGGAUUUGGAAGAAUCUUAGACAAGAAGCGACACAAGCUGAGGAAACCAAAGCUGAACCACUUUCACUUCUUUUUUCAUGAUAUUCUGAGUGGCCGGAAUCCCACCGCCGUCAUGGUUGUGCCGCCACCCUCCAACACAUCAUUGACGGGGUUUGGCUCUGUAGCCAUCAUGGAUGACCCAUUAACCUUAGGACCCGAACUCAGCUCGAAAACGAUAGGAAAGGCACAGGGGCUUUAUGCCUCUGCCUCACAAGAAGAAUUUGCUUUGUUGAUGGUCAUGAACUUUGCCUUCUCCGUAGGAAAAUAUAAUGGUAGCAGUCUUUCCAUUUUAGGAAGAAACCCCGGCGCCACCAGCAAGGUGAGAGAGUUUCCGGUGAUCGGAGGCAGCGGGCUGUUCAGGUUUGCUAGGGGUUAUGCUCUCGCCACCACUCAUGACUUGAACUUGAAGACGGGUGAUGCUGUAAUCGAGUACAAUGUCUAUGUGCUCCAUUAUUGAUCUUCUUCUUUUUCUUUCCCAAAUUUUAUAACUCUGAAUAAUUUCCUCACCUUUUAUUGGGAAUAUAUAUGUAGCUAGCUUUCAAUUAUUUUGGCUUGUGUUGUUUCUAUUACUA